GCGGUCGUAGUGCUUUGUGUGCUCAAGAAUAUCCAAGUUUAUUGGAAAUGGCAGAUUACGAGACACGUAAAGAGGCAAUUCUUAAUAUGUAUUCAUGCGGCAACGUCCAAUCGAUCUUGUCAUCUAGCGGCUCUCCUUGGAGCUGAUUUACUAGCCCCACUGUGUGAUUUUCUGACAGUUUUGGAGCACUCUCUUGUGGCUGACGUUAUGGAAGCACUAUCGUCACUGCUCGCUUAUGGAGAAGAGCUCGCCAUGGGAUUAGCAGACUUCUUAAACCCUGUCGCUACUCGAAUGGAAGAACUAGGAGCCAAAGAUAAACUAGAAUUUCUUUGUGACAGUCAUUCGAUGAACAUACAUGUAGCAGCCCACGAAAUACUGGAAGAAACGUCCUACACUGGUCCCUCUUCUUCGUUGCUGUCUAUGAGCUCUGCACGAGCAUAUGGAAAGCUACAAACGAAGACAUACUGGCAGUCGUACAAACUGUGA